UCAGUCCUCUCCCGUCCUAUAUAUAUAUACGAACCUUCCCUGCCCUUUCUCAGCCCCCUUGCCAAGAUCCCAGCUCUCCCAACUUCCCUUCCAAAGCCUGAUCUUUCUGUCUCAUUCUUAAUUUCCUUGAAACCGCGAUCAAAUCCAAGCAAUAUAUAUAGCGUAAAAGAUCGAUGGCCAAAAGUGGCAAGCUAACCAAGCUCAAGUUAGUUCUCAAGAAAUGGAAUUCUUUCAGCAAGCAAGCUGCUAGCCGUCCCAACAUCAGCUCCAUCUCCUCUGUUGGGGACGAUGAUUCCUCCAGUGCCAUCUCCAGGGACCUCCACCCAGUCUACGUCGGAAAGUCACGCCGGCGCUACCUCGUCGGCUCCGACGUGGUUGACCACCCUCUCUUCAGGGAGCUCGUGGAAAGGUCGGCCGGUGGUGACUCUGAAGACACCGUCAACGUGGCUUGCGAGGUGGUCUUGUUUGAGCACUUGCUCUGGAUGCUCGAGAAUGCCGAUCCACAGCCCGAGUCACUGGACGAACUCGUCGAGUUCUAUGCUUGCUGAUCGUCGGGAGGGCAUAUCUGUAAUUUAAAUGCAUGGUAACUCCUCGUGGUGACUAAAAAAAUAACUGAAGGGAUGGUGGCCGUACGUAUAUAUAUUGUAUAUACGUAAGGGAGGGUGAUUCUUUCAGGUCAUCCCCACGGUAUAAAUCAUAGAUGUACAUUAAGGUUUAUUAAUAUUUGAGUUUUAAUAAUCGAUUAGCAAUAAUGUAGAGAGAAAAGAAAUAUUUAUAGGGAUCCGAAGAGGGGCAGUACGUUGUGAUGAUCGUGAGCAGCAAUAUGUGAUUGAACGGUGAGGAUUAACCCUUUUUCACACGGCUAAUUAUAGAUGCAUGAUAUCUAAUUGGCCUUGUGGAUAUUAUAUAUAUAUAUAAUAUAUAAUAUCAUUACGUACUGUCAUUGUUCUUGCAGUUUCAUAUUAUAUGUACUUGUUAGAUAUAUAUAAAUAUUUCAUGUAUUGAUUUAUUGUAUA